AUGUCAGAAACAGCACCAGUAGCACCGGCAGGAGGAAAAUAUCUAAAUGAAACAAAUUUAGAGAACUUGGAUUCAAAAAUAAAGUUCUAUAAACAGGUCAAAGGAACGAGUGUUUACUGCCAUUUUAAUGGUGAAGGGGGAAAAUUAGGAGAAGCGAAGACCAAAUUAAAUUCAUGCACUGAAAUUAAAGGUGAAGAGGAUAAAAUUGCUAAGGGUCUAUGUUUUGUAACUUCAAAAAAGAAAGAUGCGCAGGAAGAAAUAGAACAGGCGUUUGGGGGGUAUGUGUAUGGUGUGGACGAAGCGGGCCCGGAGGACGAGGACGGAUCGGACGACUUGAACGAACGGUUUAAUUAUUCACUCUGCCAUUUUCUCUAUUAUUGGUUAGGUGACCUUGUAUGGAAAAGUAACGGGGGAAAUAAUGUGACAGAUGGUUCUAAAUUUUCACAAAUUAUGCAUAAAAUUUAUGAGGCACUUCCAGAAUUUGGUGUUAGCGAAAAUUGUACACUCCUAUACAAAGACGAAGACACAAACACUACUCACUUGGACAAAACAAUUUUUGGUUAUCGAAAAACCGUAUUUGAUUUUACCUUUGAUUAUAAAGGUAUAAAGGGAAAACUGAAGAAAUUUGACAACUCCUGUGAUGAAAAAUAUUAUGGACACUUAGACCAAGCCUGUAAAGCAUUUGAAACUGUAAGUAAAGAUUGUAAUAGCAAACAGAGUUCAUAUUGUAAAGAAUUUCAAGAGAAGUAUGAAACAGACAAGGAUCAGAACCCCCUAACCUUAGAAAAAACUGGACCACAGGAGAUAGAAGGAUCUUCAGGGAAAGUUAAUAUUUACAAAAACAUUAAAUUAGAAUUAAAAUAUACAGAUCAAUAUAGGCAGAAGCUCAUUGAUGAGAAGACUAGAAGUCAGUACAAUAACCACGUCAAUAACAACAAACAAACAACAUCAAAAACAAUAAUAAUAAUAGACCUGUACUUAGAUAAUUUACCCUCAAAGCAAGUGUACGACACUCUUGAUUUUCAGGAUGUCGCACCGAAGAAUGAAGGUACCUUCAACCCAAUAAAAAGUAGGCUACAGGGUAUACACGCAGAAUACCCUGAUGUGAGUACCUGUAUAGAUAAGAUUGCCAGUGCCUGGUACUAUAUAACCACAAUAAUGGGGGAAAGGGAUCCACGGUAUCCUGGACGUUAUAACUUCUUCUAUUAUUGGUUAGGAUCCAUACUGUGGGGAAAAUUGAAGGACACUAAUAAGUUCCCGGAGGCUGUGCGCAUAAUCUGCACAAAAUUACCGGAGGGAAAAGGUACAAGUGGGUGCAAAAAUCUGUACGAUAAGAUCACCAAAGAACAGUUCGACAACAUGAAAAAAUUGUAUAAUCAUUCUCAGGAUUAUGAAACUAUUAAACAACUACUAAAGCUUAAUGGAUCCCGUUGUACUGAGAAACUUAAACAAUACAUGGAUGACAUCUUCAAAACUUAUGAUAAAGUGAAAACAGAAUGUAAUGGUAAGAGUGAUGAGUACUGCAACAAUUUUGAAAGUAAAUAUAUGCAAUACUGUACUAGGGAGUUAGCAAACUUAUCAUGUUCAGAAGGAAUAAGUGCGGCAGCCACCGCCGCUGUCUCUUCCAUAUUAGGAAUAGGAGCACUACCAGCGGCUGUUUUUUUUUUAUAUAAACAUAAUCUUCUACCCUCCUGGAUAAAGGACAACUUUUGGGGGGGAGGAAGGAACAAUAACGUCAACAGUAGGAACAGCAGUAAUAGAAGAAAAGGAAGAUCAGGUGGAAAGAACUGGGACACAUUAACGGACAAUUCAACAACAAACUCUACAUACGACUCAACGGACGUUUCCACAGCAGAUUCAACCAUAGCAGAUUCCAUAGAUGGUUCUACUGUAUAUGGUGGGCAACAUGUUCGAAGGACAUAUAAUGCAGCACGGUAUCAAAAGACGAAUGAACCAAGAAAUAAUAUAGCUUAUCAACGCAUGUAA